GGGAAGUUGGGUGGUUUUUUGCGUCAUCGCUGCUGCUGCUGGUGCCGGUGCAAAAAGAAGAGCCAAUCAGCACAGGAGAAAGCGUCCAGCCACACUGCAGCACAGCACAGCGCACACUUCACCCAGAGCGAUUGAUGUGAGAGAGAGACAUGAGGAGAGGACGCAGGAAAGGGGGCAGCAGGGACAAGGUGUUCGGCUGUGACCUGCUGGAGCACCUGGCAGCCUCCUGCCAGGACAUCCCACUGGUGCUGCGAUGCUGCAGUGAGUUUAUUGAAGAACACGGCAUUGUGGACGGAAUCUACCGGCUGUCAGGGGUGUCAUCCAACACGCAGAGACUGAGGAAUGAGUUUGACAGUGAAGGAAAUCCAGACCUCUGUAAGGAUGUAUACCUGCAGGAUAUUCACUGUGUCAGCUCCCUCUGCAAGGCCUAUUUCAGAGAGCUACCCAAUCCUCUCCUCACAUACCAGCUGUACGACAAGUUCGCUGACGCUGUGGCCGUUCAGCUGGAAGAGGAAAGGCUGGUAAAGUUUAAAGAAGUACUGAAAGAGCUGCCCAGCCCCCAUUACAGGACUCUGGAGUAUCUGAUGCACCAUCUGGUGAGGAUGGCAUCACACGCCUCUCAGACCAACAUGCACGUCAGGAACCUCGCCAUCGUCUGGGCUCCCAACCUGCUCAGGUCGAGGGACAUCGAGGCCACGGGGUUCAACGGCACAGCUGCCUUCAUGGAGGUGCGAGUGCAGUCCAUCGUGGUGGAGUUCAUCCUCACACAUGUGAGCCAGCUCUUCCCUGGACCAGACCCCGCCCCUGAGCGCAGGAAGUCCCUCCCCUCUCCCUCAAUACUGUGCAGCCAGGACGAUCAGUUCUUCCGGGCCAUUCCGUUUCCGCUCCCCAGCGCUCUGAGUCCCGGCGACGGGCCCCCACCCAUGCGGCCGUACCACGCCAUCAUUGAGGGCACUGACAAGAGGAAGGGCUCUCUGAAGGGCAGGAAAUGGAAGUCCAUCUUCAAUCUGGGAGGAAGACUCCAUGACCCCAGGAGGAAGAACAAGGCCUCCAGCAAGGACAAAGAGAAACCGGUUCUGAGGCCAGCAAAGAGUAUGGACUCUCUCAGUUCUGUGCCGUACUCUCAGGAAGGUAGCCGGCAUCAGCCCUCACCCCCCCUGGCGCGGGAGGCGGGGCCAGCAGGAGGGGUGGUGGGCGGGGCAGGCAGCGGGUACGCAGUGACGUACCGGCGGGGUGGGGGGGCGUGUGUGAGCGUGGUGAGCGGGGGGGGGACGCAGGGCACAUACAGCCGGCUGGACUCUGGGGGGGGCACCACGGACGGCCAGACCCCCCCGCCCAGAUCCUCCCCGGCCAUCUCCAGCCGUGCCGACAGACGUGCCGGAAUCCACAUCUCUGGCCCCUUCUCUGUCACCGUGCCCCUCCACAUCACCUCCGGCCUCGCCUUGGGGGUGCUGCAGGGGGGGGCACAGAGGGACGACACCCACGACACCACAGAGGAGGGGCUGCAGGGCAGGGAUGGAGAGACGGAGAGAGAGGAAAGGAGAGAGAGCGAGGAGAGGGAGAGAGAGGAGCAGGGAGAGAGAGAAGGAGAAAAAGACAGCGAAUGUGUUGAGGAGACUGAGCCGGAGGGGGGGACCGGGAAAAGAGAGCGCAGCAGUGUGGGAGGAGGUGUGGAGACCAUCUCCAGCUCAGAGGAGGAGCCAGAGUACAUGGACAUGAGGAAGAACAAGCCUCUCUCUCCAACGGAGGACUUCCACGACCUCCCUCUGGACUUCCAGGACACAUUCGGCUUUCUCGAUCUGAUAGAGAGUGGCGUCUCUAACCAGAUGAACGAGUUCUCAGUGGAGCCUCCAUGCCCUCAUGAGGAGGAGGAAGAGGAGGAGGAGGAGGAUGAUCAGGGGCCUCCGGGGCACCCUGCUGACCCCAGACCCUGCAGCCCCUCCCCCCUAGAACAGCAAGGGGUACAGCCUUCAAAUCCUUCCUGUCAGGCCCAUCGACCUCUGACCUUUGACCCCCACGGCCGGGCCUGUAAGUCACACAGCCUGCCCUACAAGUCUCGCUCCUUCUGCCCUGCCCCUUCCUCCACCUCCGAGGACGAGGAUGAUGACCUCGAUGAAGACGAUGGAAGUGACGAAGAGGAGAACAUGCUGUUCUACAGCCUACCUUCGAGUCUGCAGUUUGAGAACCUUAAGGAGACAGAUGCUCCACACGGCCACAGUGACAAAACUAAUCUGAAGUCAGCACAGCAUGAAAACAUCAGCAAUGACACCAACAUCACCAACAACAUCAACACCAACACUGCUGAGCAAUCAGAGCGCCAGCCAGAGGACAGGUUGCGGUUGGACACAGACCCCCUGGGGCACAAGGUUGCAGCAGUGGAGGCGGGGGGGGGACACAGAGGAAGGGGGGGGGACUGUUUGCAACAGAGAAAGAGGAUGGAGGAGCAGGAGGCGGAUCCUGAGGAAGAUGCAGGCCUUGCAGGAAGUGAGGAGGAGGAGGAGGAGGAGGAAGAGGAGGAAGAUGUGUGUGGGGUCAAGGUUCUGCCCCACAGUGACAGUGGAGAGAGAGACCUCGCAGCUGCACACAGCUCCGUAGAGCGCCCCUUGCUGAGGACAGUGCACGGCAGCCCCGCCUCAGAGCGCAGGGGCGGGGGGGAAAGUGCUGGAAGUCACCCACGCAGCUGUGCGGAUCUCUGUGGUGAGUCAGUGAAUGGAGCCGAGCUGAGAGCAGCAGUGCCAGAGGGGAGUGAGAGCGCAGAGGCUCCGUCAGAACCGCAGGAGGGCACCGACCGGCCUCCGAGUUCCCCGGUGCUUCUCCCGGAACCCUGCAGGGUGCCCUCUGUGAACUCUGACCCCGAGCAGGUGUCCCUGCGGGAGGAGGAGACACAGGUCUCACCUGGCAACCCAGAGGAGACCUGGACAGAGGGAGAAGGAGAGAGGGACAAAGGGGAAGAGUGGGAUCGAGUGAGAGAGGUUGAGAGAGGGAGACAAGGAGAGGAGGAGAAACCUGACAAUCACACAUGCCCAGAUUUGGAGAAACAGGAAGUAGAAGAAGAGAGGGAUGAGAGCUGUGAGAAAGAUGUGAUAUCAGAGGAACAGGAGGGGCAGGAGAGGAGUGGAGUGGGGCAUACAGCAAAAGAGCAUAUGCUGAAAGAUGAGUCUGAGUCCCAGCUGCUGGUAAGAAGGAGGGAUGAGAAAGAGAGGAAGGAAGGAGGAGAAGACAGAGAAGAACCUGGAGAGGAAAAACCUAGGGAAGAGGGAAGGACUGAGGAAGAGGAAAAGAGAGAGAGGGGAGCAGGCAUGGGGGCAGGACUCGGGAGAACAGUGGUCUGCUCCAAACACAGCCAGCCAAAAGUAUACCUGGCCAGAGCAGUGCCGGUGGUGCCCCCCAAACCCCAACUCUCAAAACUCGCUGCCCUGAACCUGCGACACCAACUCCAGCAGAGAGAGACGGAGAGAGGGAGAGAGGGAGAGAGGGACAGGGAGAGGGAGCGAGAGAGAGGGAGAGACGGAGACAAAGAAGAGAGCAGACAAGAAGGAGAGAAGGAUGAGAUGAUAAGGGAUGGAGAGAGAGAGGGAGGAAGUGAAAGUGAGGUGGAGAAAUGCAGAGAGGAAGAGGGGGAGGUGGAGAGAGAGCUGAAGAGAAACAGUGCAGUCAGCAUAUGUUUUGAUGAGGCCGUUGCCAGAGCAACAGAGAGGAGGGAGAGAGAAAGAGAGAGAGGGAGAGAAGGACAGACGGAGCACAGGAUUAUUCCCUAA